CUCUCAACUCUCAAGUCCUAGCUAUCUAGAAAUGGAAGUUGCAGCUUCUCAGCCGUUGAUCUCAAUUGAAAGCUUCUCUUACAGAUGGCUAUUGAAUCUAAACAAUAACCCAUCUUCCAUCUUAGAAUUUGAUGAUCAAGUUCAAGGCCAGGAUGAUAAUAGUUCUUCAUUCAGAUACAGUUCUCUUGGCUUCAUCGAGAUGGACCCCCGACUGCCAGCUUCUAGACGGUUCUAUAUCAGAGCCAGCGGAGGCGGCGGCUCUCACGACUUCAAUUUCACUUUCCCAGUCGCCUCUUCUUCACCCGUUGACGAACUAAUCUCAGACGGAUUAAUCCUCAUGCAGCCUCUGUUCAUCGACAACUCAAUGAAGAAGGUGGAAGAUCAAGAAACCGAUUCAUCAUCUCAUGAUCAUAACGACGUGACUAGAUUAAACAUGAAAUCAGAUUCAUCUUGCAGCAAUAAGAUUCGUCGUAAUUCUAUUUCAAAGCGGUUCUUUUUAAAGUACUUUGCUUUUUUUAUGGCACCGUUUUGUAAAAAAAUAUGUAACCGAAGAAGAUCACGAGGGUUGGCUAGAGUUGAGUCGGUUAACUCGUCGUGUGACAAUUGGAGAAGAUCGUCAUCGUGUGAUUCUGAGAGUUCUAUACAUGAGGCUGUCCUUCAUUGCAAGAGAUCGAUUGGUACACAAUAAAUGUUGUCACAUGAAGACAAGGCACAUAUAUUUCCUGAUCAGCCAUUAGAAAAUUAUUCUGGAUUUUACUCUUGUCUUUUCCUACGAAUGAUCAACCAUCAGAAUUGUGUUCAGAUUUGUGUGGACAGUUUUUCAUUUCUUAUAUUCAGUUAGUGCCACUGCCACAUGAAAUAAUGAAAAUAAUUAAAUGUA